UCAGUCGCAUUGAGCGCCACCGUAAUUGAUAACCAAAGGAAUGAAUAUCGGCGGCGGUGUGGUGUUUGGAGCUCCACGUGCCACCUCUCUCCGUUUCUGCCACCGUAUACCAACGCUUCGCAGCUUCUCUUCUCCAUGUGCUUCUCCUUCGUCCUUUACUGAGCAUGUAAGUUUUAUAAGAGACGUGGCUGCAGCUGAGCCUCCAAAGCAUUUGUCUCAUUUGCUGAGAUUGCUUAAGACCAGAGGUGAGGCCAUCAUUUCCCCUGAAGCAAAGCAAGGACUGAUCCCUCUUGUAGUUCCACUGGCUAAAAAUAGUUCAGAUAAUGUGAUUUCUCUGCUGAGAUGGCCAACUGCACCACCUGGAAUGGAAAUGCCAGUGGUGGAGGUUCAUAAACAUGGAGUUUGGCUUCUGGCAAAGACUGUAGAUCAAUUUAUCCAUAGAAUCCUGGUUGAGGAAGAUGCCAAAAAGUCUAGAGAAGGCAAUAACAACAUUUUUCAUGCUGCAGCUGAUGCUGGUGCGAGUCUUUAUACAAGGGGUGAUUUUGCUAAAUCUCAGAUUUCUGAUCUGGAUGCGUAUCUCUUAAGAAAGGUCGGUUUGUUUCCAGAUGUCCUAGAGCGGAAAGUGAUACAUCAUUUGGAGAAAGGAGACUAUGUUUCAGCUUUGGUGACGGGUGAAUUUUAUACAAAGAAGGAGCACUUUCCAGGAUUUGCACGGCCUUUUGUAUUCAAUGCUGAGGUUUUGUUGAAGGUUGGGCGUAAACUAGAAGCCAAGGAUGCUGCCAGGGGAGCUCUGAAGUCACCAUGGUGGACUCUGGGUUGCAGAUACCAGGAAGUUGCUCAAAUAGCAGAAUGGGAUGAUGAACAAAUUGAGUAUAUUAAAGAAAGAGUGACAGAGGAAAGCAGGCAGGAGGACCUCAAUAAGGGGAAGGAUCCUACUCAGAUUGCAUUGGAUGAAGCUGCGUUUUUGUUGGACUUGGCUUCUCUCGAAGGGACUUGGGAUGACUAUUUGGAGCGAAUUGCUGCAUGCUAUAAGGAGGCUGGACUUCCUGAUAUUGCAAGGUUUGUAGAAUCCAGGGAUUGACUCAUCAGCUUGGUGGCUAUGGAUCAGUUCUGUUUGUGCAGCGGACUGAUUGUUCGAAACCGAAUUUUGUUAACAAUAAAGAAGUUCAAAAUUCUUCAUUGCCAAAACAUGGAUCAAUUAGUAGUGAUUAUUACUUGAGCAGAAACUUGUGGUGAUUCUUAAUGGAUUUUUAGAUGAUCUCUUGAGUUGCCUAUCAGGAAUCACAGAGGCAAUGUUCCUGGAUCAGGGAAAGCUACAAUUAGCAAUGUAUCUUCCAUUUCAUUCAACAUUAUGAUUGGUUUUUGCAUUCGAGUGUCGGGGCCUUACC